CUCAAACCGACGCGACGUAUCCCCGGAAAAGCAAAAACCGAGCCAAUUGACUAGCCCAAAUAAUAAUCUCAAGUAGUCGCAAUAUCAACAAAUCAACAUGUCUGAGGCGAGUUUCGACCAAUACGAGCACUACAACUACGACCAUGGCAAACACAUCUUCACCGCGCACAGCGGCAAGCAGCGCUCCAAGAAGGAAGCCAGCGAUCAUACCAAUCAUUUCGAUCCGUCGGGACAUUCGAGGAAAAUUUUAACCAAGCUGGUGAACACCAAUAACAACAAAAAGGCGUGCAAAAACUAAAUGCUUGCGUUACGAUAAAUAAGUAAAAGGAAACCGUAUCGAAUUUUGAUUACAACUAAAAAAAUGCAUGAAAGUGAAAGGCAAGAGAGGGAGAAAGUAAUGCUAUUAUUUACAUAGAUACUUACAACCUGUUAGAUAUAUUAACCACAUAUUGUUGUAUUAAGAUAUAAGUAACUAUACAUAAAGUAGAAAUAUAUACUUUAAAAUACUUUAAUACUUUAAUAUAUAUAUGACUAUUGUAUAUUGACUAUUAUAUAUAUAGAAAUAAACCUUAGAGGACCUAAGGUUGGGUUUGAUAAUCUAUUUGUUUAGUCGUUAAGCUAAGCUCAGCAUUUCUUGCUUCUGAAAAAUAUAUAUUGUU